AUGUUGAUCUCUCAAACUCAACUGAUUUUGCUUCACUGCUACUAUCCGGUCCGCUUUCCCAAAUCAAAAUUGAAAAACCAUGUUGAUCUCUCAAACUCAACUGAGCUCGGUGCUUCUGCUACUCCUCCGGUAACUCCACCACCAUCCCAACAAAGCUUUGCACUCUCACUUCCACAGAGACUGCAAAAGGACACUUGCUUCCAUUGCCGUCAGCAAGGCCACUGGGCCAGAGAUUGCCCCCUCAAGAAAUCUCAGCCCUCCACCUCUUUCUCCAACGGUCCUGAUCUCCCCCUCUUUCGCUGCCCAUGUGGCCUCGGAUUCUGUCUUGUUCGGGUUUCCCAUUCCGACAAGAACCCCGGCAGAAAGUUUUUCACUUGCCCUGGCGUUAACUGGUGUGACGAAGUGACAGCUGGUGAAACUAGCAAGUCUCCUCCUGAGUGUGUAUCCGUAUCUAAGUGUUCAUGUGAAGCCGGAGUUUGUAAAAGAAUUAUGCUGAAUAGGAGCCCAAAUGCGGGUCGAACCUGCUUUGUCUGUCGAGUCCCAAGGGAUGCUCGGGCUUUGUGUGAUGUUUCUCUGGAAAUGCCAAUUGCCAAGAGUCCUCCUGCUAUGUCAGAAGGCAGAAUAACAACGUUAAACAUGGAGGUUCUUGAGCAGACAGUGUUGGAUGUCCAAAAUAAGUUUCUUGCCUAUCUAGAGUCCAUGGCACAGGAAGCGGAAUCAACUUUUAAUGUUUUGGAUAUUCAAUUAGUCAAUCAUGCACCUUUUCAUGAGCUAGUGAAGAAAUUCAUUGUCUGUGCAUCAUCACUAGCUGACAAAGAAAAGUCAGUCAACCAGGAACAAUCUUUGCAAGCAUUGAUUGAACGGUAUCUUAGUGAGAAAGUUAGAUAUGAUGAUAUUUCUCGCAUCCAUGCUGGGACAGAAACUGCUUUAACAGCCUCGAAUCGUCACCUUAUAUCACUUCGUGAAGAGGCUUCCUGUGUCAAAGAUUUGCUUCUUCGAAUUGAGAAUCAGUUGUCCAGUUGUGAGGCUGAGACGAAGGAGCUAGAGACUCGUUCGGGCGAGAUUUCUAGGAAUAUGUUGGGAGUCCCAAAAGAGUUUGCAGGCUGCAUAUGGGGAAGCAGAAGAGGCACUGAAGCUUCAUCAAAUGAAAUUCUGUCAGCAGAGGGAGCAAAUGCAAAAUGCAAUCAUGGCAGGGCUAGAGUUAGAAAAAAAUAUCAGAUUAGAAUUUGAGAAUGAAACUUCUAUAUUGCAUUAAUCAGAUUAGAAUGUACAAGAGCCUAUUUAUACAAGAAUUGA